UUUCCCCUCCCUCUCUUUUUCUUUCCCCUUCCCCCCGAACUCCAUUUCUUUCUCUUCAGGGGGAGAGCUCAUCCUGCCCAUCCUCACGGAGGACGCGCUCGAAAUCCCUUCGACGGUGUCCCGCUCCCCGUUCCCGGUGGCACCGGCGCCAACUUACCGGCCGUUCGUCCGCCUGCUGGAGUCCACCGAGGGCUCGCCGAGCCUGGGCUCCAAGAUGGCGCCGCCUCCACCUCCUCCUCGUCGUCGUCCUCCUUCAUCCUCCCGGUGCCCGGAUGAUUGCGUCACCACCACCACCGACGACGACGACGAUGAAGAAGAAGGAAAACAAAAUGGCGGCGGCGUCGACGCGGCGCCAUCUUCUUCUUCAUCGUCCUCCUCUUCGGGCUACGGCUCGGGUGAGAUCUUCGACUCCAGCUUCCCACCGAGCGACGACGAGGAUUUUUACGGCGCCCCGUCUCACCCGCUGGUCACCGACCGCACCUCGUCCUGGGGAGACCGGGGACUCUCCAAAUCGAGGACGGGCGCGGAAGACGGCGGCCGGGCUUCCCCCAGGCCGCCUCCCCCCGACAUCACCCUGUUGGUCACCGACAGCGUCCGCAAACUGCCCGCCGCUAAGCUCGAUCCCCGGCCCCCGCUUCCUCCGCAGCCGACGGUUGUGAUGACGGGCGGCGGGGAGAGGAGGACUCGGGCCCGCCAUCACCCCCCUCCUUCCUCCUCGGUACUAACCUCUCGCCCCGUGCCCACUGUAGGAGUGGAACCGCCGACGACGGGAGGAGGAGGAGGAGGAGCGGCGGCAGCGGGCGGGAGGCCGGGCCAGGUCGAGGUGGUGGUCCGGGAGUCGGGCAGUACCACGGGCAUGGUGGUUGGCAUCGUGGCGGCGGCCGCCCUCUGCAUCCUCAUCCUGCUGUACGCCAUGUACAAGUACCGCAACCGCGACGAGGCGUCCUACCGGGUCGAGCAGAGCCGCCACUACAUCAGCGGCGGCGGCAUGGGCGGCGGAGGAGCCUCGGCCCACAGUAACGGAGCCGCCCUCAAGGACAAGGCGCUGGCGGCCGCCGCCUCCUCCACCACCACCACCACCACCACCUCCUCGGUCAUCGCUAACAACAUCACCUCGUCCUCAUCCUCCUCCUCGGGGACGGGGACUGUCACUGCCAAGGCCAUGAGCAAGGGCAAGAAAAACAAGGACAAGGAGUACUAUGUGUGAGGGAGAGGGAGUGAAGGGGGAGGAGUGUGAGAGGGAGAGGGAGUGAAGGGGGAGGA